UGUUUCCGUUGGACUGUUAUUGGCUGGGGCCAGAAUGAAAAUGGGACAAGUAAGAGGACUGAAAGAAUUUCAACCACAGAAGCCUGUUUUUUUUCAGAAUUGUUUGGGUAGAAGUAACCUAUUCAAGAAUAAAUCACUUUUUAAACACUUUCAUUUUAAAUGAAUGAAUGUUAUGAUACAGGGUUUCUAAUCCCUGACCAAGAACCAAUGAAAGGCGGCCCUUAUACAUCUGUUUGUAGUCUAACGGUAUGAUUUGACUGCUGUGAUGUAAAAAAAAAAACUGUACUUAUCCCUUUCUUUGCACCAUUUCCUUCAGACAUGUCUACAAUAGAGAUCAACUAGUUUCUCAAGAGCAUCAGCUGUAACAAAUAAGCGAAAGUCGUCUUGCCAAGUUUUGUUCCUUUGUCAAAUAAAUACAGAUAUCCUGCAAGGAGAGUUUGGGAUUGUUACAUUUUAAAGACACUAUCUAGGUCACUUGUCUCCGGUUUCAGAUUAAAAGGAUGAAUGCUUCAAUUCUGAAUAAGUUCAGAUUUCUUUGUAAAAUGUUUCAGGCCUUGUGAGCACAAAAUGCCAUUCGCUGAAGAACAAACAAAUGGUCUUCCAUGUAUAGCAAAUUAACAGAAUCUUACACGCAGGACUAUUUGCAUUCAGACUCAAGGCCACUCUGUCUUUGUGUUUCAAACAACAAUAUCACACAAAGUGCAACUGCAGCUGACAAACAGAUUUGUGAAGCUGAUUCUACUGUCCUCAUUUUGGCCUUUGCCUUUGUCCCAAGAGGUUUAAGCAGAGAUGAGGUCAUAACAAAGAGCUCUCCCUCUGACCUUUUUUUAUUUGUACUAAUGGAUAAUGGAUGUCAUCCAAUAUUAAAGAAUGAGCAGCACCACUGGCUGAACAGAUUUUUUCCUCUUCAUCCUCUGAUCGCAGAGUUUGUUUUCAACUCAAUAUCGCCAUAGAUUUCUUUUCAGGGACUUUUACAUUUUUAUUGUCUUACCUGUGAAUAUGGGCCAUCUCUGCUAAGUUAUCAUCUUAUUAUUACUUGAAAUUACAAAAUAAAUAUAUCAAACAUAUCUUUUGUUGACAGUAAGCUUAACUGGGUACAAGCAGGGUAAUUUUUUGUGCCGAAAAUACACACUGGAAAACACUGCUCAUUUCGUGUGUCACAAAACCAAAGUCAAAAGGCUAUCUUAAUUUGAUAUUCACUGUGUGGUAAAUGUGAGAGGAACUCAUCAGUGACUUUAAUGAUAAUAAUAAUAAUAAUGAUAAUAACUUAAUUUGUAUAGCACUUUUAAAAACAGAAGUUUACAAAGUGCUUUGACAUAUAGUCAUAGAGCACAUGGAAAAGGACAGAUAAAACAAAAAGCUCAGUAAAAACAGAAUUGAAGGCCGUUUCCUGUCACAAGGAACCCAGACAAUACAAGAACCGUGCAACAUAAAAUGAGACCAUGAGGACCAAAAUAAAAACAUAAAUAGUUAAGAAAAGGGGUUUCGAAAGUGGAAACAGGAUAGUAAAUAUAAAAUUCAAUAUCAACAAUCAUGGUAAUAUAAUAACAGGUAGUAAUGAUCAAAUAGAGCAACAGAAAUGAGCAAGACAUAAAACAAUGAAAGGCCUAUAAGGUUAAAUAAGAAAAGAGUACAAGUGUAACAAAAGCUAAAAAGACAAUAAAGCUGAAAUAAUAUAGAGGUAAAAGGGAUAAGAGAUAAAAGAUCAAAAGCAAGUCCGUAAAAGUGAGUUUUUUAAAUUUGACUCAAAAGAAGUGACUUCCAGGGUCUCACAGACUGUCAGGACUUUAGACUUUAAUUUAUUGUGGCAUUACUCCAAACAUACGAUCUUUGGAAACAUGCAAGCCAAGCAAGCAAGAACAAAAUGUUCACGACGGGAAGCGAACCCUCGUGCAGGCGUGAACGCGCACAGAAAUGCGCUGACCAAUCAGCGCAGGGAGAGUGAACCCUUUAUGUUUGUGCCAUUUCCCCACCCAAACGCCCGCUGACACCGAUAUGACCGGGCGAGGAGGGGACAUUAAAGCUGGAGGGUUUCAUAUAAAUGUGUUCGCCUCAAAAAACCAGCGCAUUUCCCACCAACAAGUUUUGGUACCACUUCUAAGUUGGCGGUUGCUAUGGCUGCAAGUUCAUGCGAGGCUGGCUGGCAGAGAGGGAAGUGACGACUGGGGCUGUUGUUGGGACACGUGACUGGAGCUGCACUGAUCUGUUUUGACAAGCAGUGGGGAGGGAAGAGAGGAGGGGAGGCAGACUGUAAGCAUCACGACUAGGAGGACUCACUGUUCCUUUCAUCUGCAUUUCGCCCCGAAUAAUGUUCGUGUCGACCCAGUCUCGUUGAGUUUCGGCACUCCGCUCGCGUGUCAGCCCUUUAACAGCGACCGUUGGUGUGUCGACGCUCGCGGGGGAACGUUGUCAUCGUAACCGAAGUGCUCGAGCGAAGUCGGUGUUCGAAAAGUUUUAAUGAACAUCUCGAAGGAAGUGAGCGUAUGUGGCGUUUCUUACCUUACGUUUAUGGAGAGUGUUAGGACGCUGUCGGUGGAAAUGAGGUGGACCAUAUCUGUCUGACAUUGGUUGACAAAAAAAAAAAGAUGCGUUAAAAGGUUCUCGACGUAGCGAAUGAAAAGUAACCGACAGUCCGAGUUCAACGUUUCUGGGUACCUGUGCUUACCGUUGGGGGGUUUGUUGGCGUGUUUGUGGGGGUCUCAGUCGCCAUUGGACGCUUAACCAAACAGUCACGAUAAAGUUAGUCGUGGUAGCUGACUGUGUGGCUAGCUAACAGUGCUGAGUUAGCAGAGAGAGAGAGGAGCCAGGCGUUACAGGAGAGGAGACACGGAGAUGCACCGCGACGUAACUAUGGUUCAGGUGGAGGAAUUCGAGACAUUUUGUGAGGGUAGCCUGGUCGCUAGUUAAAUCACUGGUCAGAUCGGUCGCUCGCUAGCAAGCAGAUUGACACCACCAUUACCUAAGAGUAUCUGGUGUUCGCUGUCAGCUGUCUUUGUGUCAGUCUGUUGGACAAUACAGUGCGACUCGAUGGAAGCGUACAGUAGCAUGCUAACAAAGCGAUGCUUUGUUGUUGGAUAGGGGGCAGCUGGCAUCAACACGCAGGCUUCACAGCUGAUAUUAUUGCUUAGCUAAUACAGCAGGUCUCAGUCACCGAAGGGGGGUUUGGUGGGGUCCAAACACCGUUGUGCUCCAGAAAAAGAGAAGACCCCCUGCAAGAGAUCCUGAAGGCAUCCUGAUGACACUGGACAACAUGAAGCCUGAGCGAGGUAUGUGGAGCACCACAAACACACAAACACAUAUAUAUGUAUGUAUAUGUGUGUGAGGUGAACCUGAUGGUCAAGCUGUGCAGUUCCAGUUUUAGUCGACUGUAACCGUCCCCCCCUGAGAGAGGAAUCAGGCCAGAGAGUUAUGUAACAGCUGGUCAGCCUGGCCACUGGUUAUAUGAUUUUAUAAAGCUUGACCCUGCUUAAUUGAGACGUGUAAAUACAACACUCUUAUUUGUGAUCUAAACACAAAAUGUCAGCUAGUUCUUUCCCCCGUUUCUGUACCAACAUACAACCUGCAAGAUCUCCUCCCUGCCAAAUACUGUUCCCUUUUCAGGCAGCUCUUGUUUUGACAGUCUCUCGCACUGCAAAAUGUUCCUGACACCCACCCUGUUGUGGAAAUAAGGCUCCUUCCAUAUGCUCUGCAACCUGUUUACAUGUCGCUGGAUCCGCAGCAAGAGGCAAAACAGGGACAGAGGGGACAGCCUUGUUUGUUUCAAUGUGAUUAUGCUAAUUUUACCGUUGCAUUAAUUUGUACAGGCCAUUUUGGCAGCUUAAUCUCUGCCUUGACACAGUUCCUAUUAAGUGUUGUGUGAGAUCUUUGAACGGAAAGGUAAAUAUUUCACUUUGUGAGAGUCGGAACAUGUUUGUUUUUCAUUCUGGUGACUUGAACUGUUGUCAACAACACAAUAGCACCAUACUUGGAAACAGUGUAGGGCCACUGUUCUCAGUCAUGAUGAGAUUAGCUGCAGUCAAUCACAGAUAGUCUGAGUGUUUGCAUAGGUUAUGAAACUGCUGUCUGGCUGCUGCUUGUCCACAGUGGAAUCUUUUUAGAGAACAAAGUGCUGGCUAUUGGACCCCAACAAACAAUAAACAUAUGCCCUAAAUGGGUGUAGACUGUUAACUCUAUCUUUAUAUAGAAGCAGUGACCCAGACAUCUGGGACUGUUCAAAGUAAAGGGCACACUGAGUGGCACUCUGUUAUGUAAUUAUAGCCUAAUAAUGCAGCACAGCAUGCUGGGUCAAGUGUGAACAGCAGCACUGCUGUUGUAGCAUUGGUUGGGGUUAUGACUCUCAUGUUAGGGGGUAUUCAAAUUAUUUACAACAUAUUCAUUUUGAGUGCGAGCGCCCUACCUGGUAUCACUGGGAAGAAUGAAAACUGACCGGCACAGGCACAUCACUACAGCAAAUCUGUACUUCACUCUUCAUGUAUUGUCACCAUGUCAGGUUGUCAUGUUCUAAUUAUGUGAGCUUCACAGCAGUCGCUCCCAGUUUGAGUGGCAGACACUGUGGGGCUAUUGUUAUUUGGAACAUACUGUACGGUGCCUGUGGUGGAGAUACCAGAUUGCUUAUAGCCCACGUGCCUUUAUACUUUUGCUCCCCUGCUCUCCCUGUUUUCAGAGGAAGAGACUGCAUGGUGAGAGGAGCUGUUUACCUUUUUAGCCUGACAGGACCACGGCAAGACCAAACUGAACACAGAACAGUCAGUUUUACUGCUCUGGCACAAGUUUGAAUGUCUUUAGGUUUGAAGGGGUGAGCUGAACAUGUUCAGACAUGUGCUUGUGACCCUAACACCCCAACAACGAGUUUCAAAAGCCCUGACCUCCUGAUCAAAAGGGUGUGAAAAAUCAAGCAUAGGCUUUGGGUGGGUGAUGAUUGUGCCCUGGUUGUGCCCCGUCACAUAUCUGCUCUGGCUCCACCUGGGGUAAUAAACAAGGGAUGUUUACAUCCAACUUAUUGAAUCUCUGUGUGGUAAUGCUAUCAACCCUUAGAUAUAGAUCGCAUUGAACACACUGUUCAGCUGUAUUUUUCUGAUGUUAUCAUAAGAGUGAUGAUGAUAAUGACAAGAUGUUCAAAAACCUCCAUCCAAUGAUAAGUUAGUAUCACUGUGUUCCAGGGAACAAAUAGUUUAGAGCCACAUUUAGAACUAGCUGAAUAAAUGACAAAAGUAUCAAAAAUAAAUGUUUUCUGUAGAACAAUUAGGGCACGUUCACACCACCCUCGUGUAGUCGAACGGAACCCUGGAGCAUUUAUCCCCUCGGUGCGAUUCGUUUGGGUCGGUGUGAACCCGAACACCUCGAACCCUGGUGCGGACCAAAUAAACGAAAUCUGGUCCGCCUGAAGAGGUGGUCUCGGACCGCUAUCAAGUGAACUCUGGAGCAGUUCAUUUCUGGUGUAAACAUCAUCCACAUCAAUCACAGGAAAUGCACCACACCAAUGCUGGUUGUGAAAUAAAUAUUGUCCGCUCAGCUCACUUGUUCCGAUUGACACCAGAGAGAAAACACAUCGUGGUAGGCUCUCAUUUAUGCCUGUCGCCGUCUCGUCUCUAUCCGUCUGUUGUUUGCAGCACGUCUACUCCGGAAUGUAUUAAUUAAUGCCACAGUUCGCGCUCGCUGGCUAACGAGCCUUUCAAACGCACAAUCGACUAGCGUCUUUUGAUACGCGCUCCAGAUGAGUAGCUAAAGCAAAAUCAGCCUACGAUGUAUUCCCGCACAAACUAAUGACCAAUUCGCGGUCAGGUGACUUCCGGUUCCAUUUUCUGGAGCGAUUGAGUUUGUCCUUUUGUGAACGCAAACUGGACCAGUUAAACAAUCAAAACAAAUGUAUCGUCUUGCCUUGGAUUCGAAUAAGGAAACAGACCAUUAGGUGUGAAUAUGACCUUAGAUAUGUUUACUUGAUGUUAAAAGAUUGACCACACUUGACAAUUUUUUCAAAGUGACUUUACUUAGGGCUAGCAGGAAAAAGUCUGGAUAAAGUUGUGAUGGCCAGGAAGGAAAAAAAAAUAUUCCCAAUUUUUUUCUUUUCAAUAUCCUGUAGCCCUGAUCGCUGCUUCUCAUUCGCUGCUAUAAUAACACAGUUUCAUCGAGAUAUUAGAGUAAUGCCAUUUACAAAGUCCUGUAGGGUAGUAAUAAUGCUGGUGUGUGCGUGUUCCUACAAACACCAAAGAAGAAUUGUGUUGUAUACACCAUCCAAAACAGCCUCUAAUUGACUGAAAGAGCAGAAAUUUUGCGCUGCAUAUUUUUGUUGCACUUGGGAAAACUGUGCUUUUGUUAUAAAAGGAGGAGAGGAGCACUUAUGUCCUGCUUAGGGGCCUAACCAAAGUCAUCUGACCCCCUUGUUUUCCACUUAUUCGAGCUAUGAGUUGGGAUGGCGUGUGUGUGCGAGUGCGUAUGCUGGUGUGAAGAGAGGGGUGAGUGUGUCACAGAGCACACAACAGAUUGCUAUUGGCCCUAAUAAGCGUUGUACUGUUAAACCAUGUGGCUCAACCGAAAGCUUUUACUGGUCCCAUAAAGAGUGGCUCUGGAAAACUCAGCUCAGACCUGUUUACACCAAUCAGAAGAAGAACACAGCCUGUCAGAGCGUUUCAGCUCAAGUGUGGUUAGACUGGGCUUGAUUUGUAUCCUUAAAGACGUCAUUUUGUUUUAGUGUUGUAUCCACAUGCAGAAGAAGUAAAGUUGAUUCAAAACCACAUUGGAAUUGUUUACAACAUAAAAAUAGGCUGUUUUUGCUCUCCUGUGGUCAUUUUUACAACCAGAAUCGCUUAGGAGACAUUAGAAAUAAAACAGUUUUGCAUAAGAUGAUGUAGUGAGGUCAUAUGAUGAAAUAAAUGAGCAAACGCUGAAGAAAGAUGGCUCAGUGCCUCCUCCUUUAUGUUCUUAACCACAGCUCUCACUCAGCAGCACAUUAAACAACACUCAGAUGAGCUCAGAGCUAGUCAUGUUGGAGUCACACUUCAGCAGCGCUCCACUCCUGCUUCUGCUCCUGCUCUCUGUAUGAUUAUUUGGUGUGUUUGUUUGGAGGUUGUACUUCCUGUUUGGAGCCCUCGGUCUUUUUAUAGAGGAGCUGAGUAAAGUUCACCACCCACCCCCCACCUAGUGUACUCUCCACUGGCUGCCUUAUGCCGAGCCGAGCCGAGCGCUCAGCCAGAUUACAGCUGCCCUGAGAUGUCCCAGCCACAUGCCAGCGGAUCAGAGAAUAUACACUCUCACUGACGAGAGGCCUAGAUAACACAGAAUGACUUAUACUGUUGUCCUGAACAGCACCUGUCUGGUCCUGUUUUCCCUUUGCCACCCCCUCCUCCUACUCAGGAGUGAUUUACCUUUGAGCAGAAGGCAGCCACAACAGGUGCUAUGCAGCACGCUGAGUCCUUCUUUACAUUUCACAAUAUUUUCAAUAUUUGUUUUUCCUCAUUCUUGAUGGACUGAUUUGUACCAUGAGUCUUAUUUCUCAAAGUUUUUACUCCACUGUAGGUUGGUGUUCAAAUCUUUUAUUUCUCUUCUAAACUUAGCACGAGAAGAACCUCUUUGAAAACUUUAAAGUGAAUGCACAUUAAUUAUAAAGGGGCAAUUGCUUUUUUCUAUUCUCUUUACACAUUCACACUCUUGCAGAAGAAAUUAAUUGCAUCAACCUGUCUGAGUGUUGCACCGUAUUGCCUUUACAAUUCAACACCACUGCCAUUUGCUGACCCAGCUGUACUGAACAUGGAUAUUGGACUCCCCAUUGUGCGGCGAGAUUCAGUGCUGCCUUUCGCAAUGAAUACCAAUACUGGGGAGGCAUUCAGCUGUGAGUUACUGCCCUGGCCCUGGGAGUAAUCAGCCUAAAUCAAUGCUGUUGUGACAGGUUUCACUGUAAGUAGCCUAGCCAUGCCGAGCCACUGCAUGGGAUUGGACACCCAGUCCUCCCAGUCCAGCAGUCAUCUUGCGAAACGCUACAGCUUUUCAUUUAGCACAGUGACCCUUUGUAAGGACACGUACAGAGAUCAAUUCAUACUUUAUAAGGAUACUUGUACACUGCGUCUAUUGGCUUAAUGCUCAUCAUCACUUCAGUGAUAGUGAUAUAGACAUUAAAGCAGAUGUACGUAUCUGUUACAGCGACUCAGGGUUAACAGACUGUACCGACGCAUCAAAAUAAACACUCUAGACUUAACGCUGAGCUGGCUGAAGCCGGGAGAAGCAGCGUGGGUCAGAUUUCGACUGCCAGGGUGCCACUGAGCCAGUGAUGUCAUGGCUUAAAUGUUCGUCACAUCCUCCCGCCCCUGUGGUUCCUCAUAGCCAACUAGCUGCCGUCUCUGCAGGAACAGGAAGAGCCAUCUGGACCUGGUGGUUUUCUGCUGGUAGGAGUGCUUUUGUUGUGGAAUGAUUAUUUUGUCUGAACUUAUUAUGCCAGACUGCCAUAGAUAUUUUCUGAUUCCUUGUCGCUAAGUCCUGUAUCUGCUCUUCAAGGUGCCUGUGAGUCUUAGAAAAGUCUGAAUGAAGGAGCUUAGAUAUUAUUAUAUUAAUUCCUUGUGACCUCUGUAGUGCAUCCUACUUUACUCUCGAGUCUUAAUCCCUUAUGUGGAAUAAGUGGAUCUACUGUAAGUUCUGCGGGAAUAGUAUGCCAGCCCUAGAAACCCCAUAGUCAAGAAAAGACAGGCACUCGUGCCUGAGUGUUUCAGAAAAAUACCAUUUCCUUCUAUUUGAAGUUUCUAGUCUAAUGACAGCUUUGUGGUCAUCUCUUCACAUGCAACUUGUCAGCAGAGAGCACCUCAUAGAGGCAAUUUUGUCUCGCUGACCUUGAAGUGAAUGAACUUUUCCAGUCCUUGCUCCACUGGUCUUCUUCUACCUCUCCUAUCUAGCUCUUCUCUCCUGUUCUCUUCUAUCCUCUGAGUCACAUCACAUAGGCUUCAGCUGCUGUUAACACCUCAACACUUCACACCUCCACGACUAUCUGCUGACAAUAUCUCCACAAAAAGCAUAUUGGCAGAAAUACAGCGGAGCUGACUUACUAUCACAGACUACUGAAAGAGAAAAGGAGAAAACAAGGUUUGACAGAUACAUUAGUUUAAAGACAUGUUCAUGCUUGAUUUGCUGUGCAUUUCUUAGUUGAUGUUCACAAUGUUACAGUAUAGUUAUAUAUUUCCACCUCCCAGGUGCAAAGCUCGGGUAAUGUCCAUGAGUCCAACUGGACAUAACUUGACCCAGCAAGAGCAAGUAAAUGUUUGAACCCUUUACAGAGAGUGAGAUACCUGUUACUAACUGACUACCUGUUAAUACCUAAGAAUCCAUUUAGAUUUUUUUCCCCACAGUAAUGAUGGACCCUCCAUCUUUUUAGUACUUUACAGGACUGGAUGUUCCCUCUUAUGUAGCAGCUGAAUGUUGCCCAUGUUCAGAUCACAUCCCUUAUUUUUCUCACUCACUAAACUCUUAAAAUCGACUAGAAAAAAAAAUUAACAGACUGUGUAAAGCAAUACUUGAAAAUGGUUUCUUGAGAAUCAUAUGUCAUUGAAAGUGGUUGUUGAGAACAUGUGAACACUAAACUAAUGGAUACAGACCAGAGGUUCCCACUUGGGUCCGACUUACUAUGUCUGUUGUCCAUCCCACAAAUAUGUCUUAAAACUCUAUAUGGUUGGCACCAAAUUAGGGCUGAACGAUUUUGGAAAAUAAUCUAAUUGUGAUUUUUUUCCGCAAUAUUGCGAUUUAAUAUACAGGUAUUUAUUCAAGGUCCUCUUCUAAUGUGUUUUUCAUCAAACAAACGAUAAUCAAUCUGUAUCACAGUAAACAAUAUCAGAAUAAUUUUACAUAAAUUUUUCUUUUUGGCAAUUAUCAUUUCACACACACACAGGCUCUCUCUGCUCACACACUGUCGCGCACACACAUGCUAUCCAUUCAGCUCUGCCUCCAUCACUCUAUUGGAUGAGUUUUCCAUCAUUAUGCUGACGUGGUUUGAAGUUGAAGCGCUGGUUGCUGGUGUUUUAGCCAUUCAACCAUCGUAUAUAGCUUUGUUGCGUUUUUUUAAAGAGUUGAUAAACGUUCGUAUUGUGACCUCCUGAUGUAGCAACAGCAGGUUUUGCACAUGUUGCACAGCAGCAUCUUUUUUUGCCAAAAUAAAUCCACACAACUGCCAUGCUGCCCCUCUUUGGCACUUAACUUGCUGCAGUGUCAGCUUCUGUUGCGGAAUUAGGCCACAUUGCCACAGAGUACAAUGUUGACUUCUCUCUCUACCUGCUCUGCUUGCUCACAAAUCACGUGAUCAGAUCACUUGACCGGUCAAAAUUGCAGCCUUUGCGGCUAGAAAAUCAUGUUUUAUCACACUGUGAUGUGAUGACAAAUACAAUUAAUCAUUCAGCCCUACACCAAAUCUUUGGAGCUCUGCUGAUAUCUAUCUAAAACGUACAUGGGUAAUCACGCUGACACAGACUACCUCUGUGAAAGAUCUGGUUUUCAGCCCAGUUCUAAGCACCAUGAGCUUCAUGUAGUUUCCAAAACAGUAUUUCUUGUCGAAUAUGAAAUAUGAAUGAAAAAAAGGGUUUGUCAAGCUGAGAGGGGUUAGUUUUAGCCUCGACAGAGAGUCUUCAUUGGCCUGACAGGGCUCAGAUCCUCUCUAGCUUUUAAGGUCUGUUACCAGACACCACUCGGUGUGAUGUAAGCCAGCACUUUAAUCAGUUUCGUACACCAGACCAACACACAACACACACACAUCUCAUCUUCUUUCUGUGUUCCCAUGCUGACAGUGUACUGUGGGGGAGUAGUACUAACAGACCAUGAUUGAGAAAGAAGUAUUAAUGUCCAACCACAGUUUGGAGUGCGGACAAGAUAAAAAGAUGUGUUAAGCAUUAAGCAGGGUAACAAGCAUUUUUGUUUUCUUCGAUUCUUACAUUUCUCAAUUUGUACGAUUAAGAAAAAUCAGAUAUCAACUAGGUGAUAAUCAAAAAGCAAUAAUUGAUCCACCUUAAAGGCGAUCUACUCUUCUAAAGUCACAGAAUCACUACACACACAGCUCCCAGUCUGAGCUCAGUGUUAACAGAGAGUACCCCAGGGGCUCCUUGUGGAGGAGUUAAGCACAUUGUUUAUUAACAACUGCAUGAGCUAAAGUUAAUUGGAAACUCUUCACAACUAUCCUCUUUCCUUUUCUCCAUUGUCUCAUCUCAGUGCUUCCAGGCUGACUCUGCUAAAUCCCCUAUCACCCCCAGUAUUGCUUCAUCACUGCACCAAAGCAGCUGACAGACUGUCUGUCCUGUUAAACAGGGUUAAUGUUCCUUCAUAUUCCUUUCACUCAGCUGCUUUUUACUUUAGGUUUUUGUUUUGAAGGCUCAGUUAAUAAAUGCUGGCUGUGAAUGUGGGGGGUAAAGACGCUCUCUUGUGUCCUGUUAGGAAAAGGAUUGAAAGGAUCAGCUAAGAUAACAAUAGAUACAUUAAAAAUGAGAUGCGCCAAAAAGGUGUGACGACAAACGAGACCGUUUUUACAGCUCCACGAAUAGAGAUGAAGACUUUUUUCCACAACAGAGACAAGAGUGUGACCUUGUUCUUCCUGGUCCCAGGUGGUUAAUUCCAGUCACAACCCACCUCAAACUGCCUGUGCUACAACUGACACACUUAGUGUCUGUGUGUGUGUGGGCCUUGGAGCUAUGCUGCUCGGGUUGCUCAAUACGGACUCUCCUUACUAGAAAUUGGCAUGGGCAGCAGAGGAGAGGUCAGAGGCCUGUACAUUCAACUCAGACAGAGGGUUUCUGGUUACAGAGAGAGGCUUGUCUGUCCUACUGCCCUAGUGUCCUGUGGCAUCCGUUAGCCAGCUUGCCGAAAUUUAAACUGCUCGAUGGUCAUGAUGAAGCGUCAGAUUUUGCCUUGAAAGGAAACAGGAGUUGCUCAAGGAGACCCUAAAGAUGCUGAGAGUUAAGAAAGUUGCAGAAUGAGAAAUUAUGUCCUUCUUUUGGAGGAUGUAAAUAUGCUCUUAAGGGUGUGUCUGAUAUAACUAUUUUUUUUGAAGUGGCAGUCUCUUUUUCCUGUAUGAAAUCAAUCCAGCUCACUGUUUUUGGAGCUCGCCAUCUGACACGCAAUAACACCUUUGGCAUCAGCUGUUUUAUGUCACUGCACCCGGAGCACGCUCAGUUAAGAAUGGAUCACUUUACAGAACACCGCCGCACUCUUAGCAUCACCUGACAAGUUACUUUUCAUCAAAUACCACUGAAUGAAAGCACAUAAAAGACAAACGGAGCAUUUAAAGAUUAUUAUCAGUCACCAUUAAUGUAAGAGGAAGUGCCACAAGGUCAGCUUUUGGCUUCUUGAUAAUGCACCUCACUUAAAACAUGUGCCUCACUUCUCUGUGGUGUUGCACAUACAAAAAGUGUAUUACAUUUGAAACUUUAAGUACUUUGUCUCUAAGUGCCUUCAUGACAUGAGAAAAACAUACAGUGCGCUCUUACUUCUUCAUGAAUGCAAUCAGCAAAAAUACCCAGUUAGUUUGAGCUGUUCACAACAGUUUCUGUCUGUCUGCUGGUCUAUACAUUUUACACAAUACCUGCAUUCACAUGUCACUUCCAAUUCAAUACAAAUCUAAAAAGUUCUCUUUUUUUUCCACCAAAUUGGUAACAAUUAAUUUUAGGAUUAAAUUCUUUUGAAAGCAUCCAAACAGAGCACAGUCCAUUACACCAGGAACUCUAUUCAUCAGGUAAAAUGUCUGCAUGCUGGGAGAGGCUGAAGCCUGCUUUUAAAUAACUGUUUCUAUUCAUUGAGAUGAAGUUCUGGCUUUUCCAGUGCAGCCUUACGGCGCAAAGAUAAAAUUAGUUAAGGCUUGACUGCGUUAUUUCUAUGGCUCAACAAGGUUUAUUUUUUUCCGCACUUUACCCACCUUGUCUUGUACUCUCACACCACUCUACAUUACAUAACAGGUAUUACUUGAACAAUGAGUCUGUGAAGGCCCGCUCUUGCUUGGAUAACAGGGGCUUAGGGGUCCCAGCUACAGUAUGUGCAAGUCGGGUCAAAAAAGGGCAAAGAAAACCGCAGGUCACUGCUUUUGGAUUUUCUUUUCUGGCAUCUCAGGAAAUACGAGUAGAGAUCAGAAGAGAGACAUGGUGAAUGUUGGGAAAAUGUAAGAGGACAUGUGGUAUGUGCUUCAGGCAGUUAACUAACAAGUAUAACUGCCUUAUUGUUUAUACAGAUAAGUUCAAACUUAUCAGCCUGUAGUCUGAAUUAAGCUUAUGGCAGAUAUUUCAGUACCGCUCUUUUUGGCAAUUACUCAGCCUAAUGCAUUUACAUUUGGAAGCAGCCCAAUGCAACAGGUUUCCUUUUCUUUAGGCCGUCCAGUGACUCAUCUGAAUAAUAAGGGGUCUUGAGUACCCUGCUCUUGGACUUCAGUUGCUAUGGUUGUCAAAGAUGGAGAGAGCAUACUGAAUAUCAUUAUGGUCAGUAGCUGGCAGGCAGAGACAGUGUGCAGGACCACGGCAGCUGAUCAUAUUUUUUUUACCAAUCCUGUCUGGUUGAAGGUGUGUGUCUAACUCCAGAUCAGCCUGCUCAGCAUGUGGUGGCAAUAAAAGCCCUGCAGACUCUUGGCUCUCUUUCAGCGCUGGUUACCUAACCAUGAUAGGCUACCAUUGUUAGCAGUAAUUUCAUCAUUUCAGUACUGAUCUAAUACUGUAGGAUGUGAUUAAAAACUGGAUUCGUGUGCUUGAACUCAGCAAAAGGUUACUGCAGUAGUUUGUUCGAUGAGCAGUAUAGCGAGGUUUGUCUGGUGAAACUUAACCAGUUGGUGUGGAAGCUCUUGUAACCAAAAAGAGAGAAAAAAGUGCGAAUGAGUUGAAGAAAUAUGAGGUGAGCUAAGUUAUUUUUCCCACAUCAGCUGAGAUCACUUUUGUCCGUCAAGGCCUCACACUGCAAAGUUUUUUCCACAGUCCCAGAGCUUGUUUACCAUGUGACUUCACCAGUAUGUGAGUUGCUCAGUUUCUGAACAACAGCUCUGUUUGUCCCUGACAAUGACGGGUGUGAGCGAGAGGGCAAGGUGGUGUGUCAGUCUGGGUCGAGUGUGUAUUAGUUUAUUUGUUAGCUGUGGGAGAAUAAUGGCAGCUGAGUUCACAGGACAGAAGAAGGGUUCUCCUCAGCUGGAGCUGUGCUAACGCCUCUUAGCCAAUCAGGGCCUGUUGCUAUGUGUGCUGUGAAUCUGCCCCUUUGUGUUGGAGAGUGGGAGAGAGGGACACACAGUUGUCAGGGAUCCAAAGUCCAUAGUUUUGAAGAAAUGUUUUUGGUAAUCCAAAGGGAGGAUAAUAGAAAAGUUUGAAAGACAGACAUGAACUCUGACUGUGACUAAACUUUUUGGUAUGACAAAGUAGUUAACAAACAAAGCUCAAAGUUUUUUUGAGAAGUACGUCUCUGAGGAAAAUAUCUGGGUCAUCUAUGAUGUAAGCAGUUAUUGUGAUGUGUUUAGUUUCAACAAAUCCAGCUCAGCUCUUCAUUCCAAGUUGUUCUCACUGUUCUCGACAGUCCUCUGGCAAAAAAAAAAAACAUGUCCAUGUUCUUGGCAGACUUGGCAACCACUUCCAGUGUUUUUGACUGCUGUAACACAAGGCAGACAAAAACAGGAAAGGUGAGCUGGCAGUUGCGUUUGCGCCGUGUUAUAAAACACUAUAGAGGCGGCUGACCCUGUUAUUAAAAAUGGAAAUCAGCAGCAAAUCUCUGCUUUAAUCUGAGUAGAAUCAACACUGAGACACACUUUGAAUAACAUCCAACAAUGACACACACAAAGAAGACAGACACAACAGACCAUCUCAGUAUACAUAACAGUCCGAGCACAGCAGACGUGCUUUAACACUAAGCAGAACAAUCAUAUGCUGUAUAUACCCGCUUUACGUCACACACUCAAAGAGGACAACAACACCACACACACCUUCUCUCAUAUGAAGACUCACAUGAGCACAACACGCAGACACUCAUCUAUCAACUUGACAGGGGUGUGCAACACUAGGCCCUUGUCACCUGGGUAACAACCCCCCACCAAACUUCUUCUUUGAACAGUUGUGAUCAUUGAUCACUGUCCUCCAGGUCAGCUGCACUGAAGAGGCAGAGAAAGAGAGAGAAAGAUGACUGUUUUGUAGCAUCUCCUCGGAUGUAAAGGCUAAAAAAAGGAAUAGUUUUUCAAUAAAUGUAAGUUUUUGAAACAUGUAAACCUCCUCAGCCCAGUUUAAAUACCAACACCCUCAGUUGUAUGUUUGCUAGAUAUAACUGUAGAAACCCUGAACUGUACAGAGAUAGUGUGCUCUUGUUUUUGCAGUCACUUCUUUCCAGGGAUCUUGUACUUUUUCAUUUUAGAAUAACCCUUCCAUGAUUUAGGCGAUGUGGUCAAUGAUGAUUAUAAUUUAUUAGUUUUUGAGGUAGGCCAUCUGCCAGCUAAUGAUGUAUCCACUCCUCUCAACUAACAUUUAUUGAGCUGUCCAGAUCAUCACUUAUAUUACGCUACCUGUUUUCACCGUGGGAAGUUGUGUACACAAUCAGCGUGAAGUCAUGAAAACACCACAGAUAAACAGCUGACUGCAGAAAUAGACACCACAAGACUCCCUCUUUGACCGCUUGGUUCUUCGGCACCGUUAGGAGGGACAUAAAAAGACAGGAGAGAAGUGUUGGCUCACCCCAGAGCUGUCAGAAUUAAAAAUUAAACACCAUGACACUGCACACCAGGUUGGACUUUCAGCAAGAAAUCUUGAAAGCAUCAGCACUUUUCUAGCCCUGGAAAAAAACAAAAAAAACACUAGUGUAUCAUUGAUAUUUGUUGGUAGCACAUUCAUUAUGCUGCUAUUCAAGUACAGUUUUGUUUACUAGAAAAAUGCUCGAUGGAAAUUCUUUAAUGAGUGUUAUGUAAUCAUAACAGGUCCUGAAUAACAGAUGAGGGUAUGUCAAUGAAUGCUCAGAAGGUUAUGGAGUUGGCUGCAUUGUAGAUUUUGUCAUAUGAUGCUUAAAACACACACAGCAUGAGUGCAUACAGAACAUACUGAGACUGGAGGAGACUGCGCGCUGUCAUGUAGUGUCUCUCUCGGCGUGUUAAAACAGGAUGUUAGGAGUAUCAUCCUCGUUUUGAGGAAAGAGGAGAUGGUUAAGAGCUCAUAUUCAAAGAAAAAGAUGACGCAGCUUUUAUCUGCUAUUAAAAAAGAGAAAGGAGACGCAGUUUAUUUGGUGUGGAAGACCAGCUGGUCUCCAAAUAUAGUCAGUCGGACUGCAGAACUGGCCGUGGAACAGAAGGAGACAAAGUUGCAAACAAUUCCCAGAGUGGUAAAAUGCAGUUUCAGGAGCUGCUGACACUUUCAAUCUGCCACCUGCUUUGCUACCACUGCAUUUGAAUACUCUGAAAAUGUCUCUGUGCUCCCGUCCUCUGGGAAUAUCCACAUAUUGGACGUCCUGGCAGCCUUCAAAAGCUCAGCCUAGUGGUUUGAAUUUUAGGGGAGUCCCUUUGUUGUUUUCAAAAAAAUCGCUGAGCUGUCUGCUCUGUGCUGUGAAAAGAGGGAGCACUUGAACAUUAAAAACCGUAGCUUUCUCCACCAAAAUGUAGCACAUAGAAAUCAGAGCAGCACAGAACUGCAGAUGUGUCAGCGUUUAGGCAAGUUGUCGCUGUUGGAGCUCUCCUAACAGUCAUGCAAUUAUUUUUAUCACUCCAUACUGUGUGACUUGAGGCGUUCACUGCGUUAGUCCUUUGUGACGGUGUCUGUUAGCAGCGCCCAUGUUGAGAAGUCAUCAUAUAGAUAAAGGGAGAAACCAGCACAGGGCAAGAACAACUGAAAAUGAGGACAACAAAACUGUGCCUAUAUUUAUCUAAUUGGGCGCUGAAGUAAGGAGAUUUAGCGUGGUAGAACUGUUGCAGUAAUCUCCUAUUUUGCCUCUGAGUAUCAUUUUUGAAGUGCAGCUGUUUGUACGUGCAUGUAUGUGUGUGUGGGUGUUUGGACUGCACGUUUUGUUGAGAAAAUAAACAUACAGUACAUACUCACUUUGUUAUUCCUACAGCUUGAAGAACUUGUUAUUUUGUACUCCUGUAGUUCUCUCACAAUCUCAAAAGCUGUCUUACACAUGUGUAGGUGUCUUCACUAUUUUCCACGUGCACCAUGAUAGUUUUUUUUUUUAGUAAGAGGGCAACAGGGCUGGUUUUAAAUUUAGAUUUGUUUUGUUUCUGCUCCGGCUACCUACACUUUAACACAUUCAGUCUCAGCUACUUUGAUCUCUGUUUGAUGCAGCUUAGAUUCGUGUUUAUGCGGAUGACAGAGAACAGAUUAUAUAACCAUUUUUCAUUAAAGGCAUCAAGUUCCAUUCAUAGACUCAGGCUGAUUUACGUAUGCAUAUUAGGGCCCGACCGAAUUAUCGGCGAGCCGAUUAAAUCAGCCAAUUUUAGCCUGUUUGAGACUAAUCAGUAAUCGGCCAAAAUUUGCAGAUUUUCGCCGAUAUUUUCAGUUGAAAAUGCUUUUGUGGUCCGAGUUUGAUCAUUCGGUAAUACAUGUAAAGUUUAUAGUAUACUGUUGAUAUCUACAGUAUAUAUAUAUAUAUAUAUAUAUAUAUAUAUAUAUAUAUAUAUAUAUUUAUAUAAGAUAACUUUAUAACUUCAUAAAAAAAUUGGCCAAUUAAUCAGUAACCAGAUUUUUUGUCCCCCCUAAUGAUGGUAUCGGCAUCAGCGGCAAGACAUCCAUAUUGGUCGGGCCCUAAUGCAUAUUCAUGCAUGGUUCAAGGUCAAACUCUUGCAACAUCACCAUUUUCCGUGCAUCUAUUUUCUACAUUUUUAGCUCAGACUGGGUGUGGCACAACAAAGAUUUUCCUUUGACUUGUCAUCCCUGUAUCUUUGUGCUGUACCUGAUCAGAACGAAGAAUUAGCAGACAGUAAGGUUAAAGCUUUGCUGUUUGGUUCCUUUCAGAGGGAGGUAGAUACCAUUGUGUGCUAAGUCGACACACCUCGGUGAUCUCAGCAGACUGUCUCUGCUGCACUGAAGCUGCAUUGAAAUGUCUUAAACACACAGGCCACUUAAUGGAAAGGCUUCAGGUCUUUGAGAAAAUGCCUUUGAAAAAAGAGCAUCCCAGAAAUGUGAGGAAUCUUCUGGUGUGUCUGCAGCAGCACGUUUUUUUUUCAUAAAGAAAUAGUUCAGACUUCUGAACUUUUUUUUAGAUUAUUAAUUAUUCAUCUUGAGAAAAUUGAUUCAGCCCCACUGGGACACUUUGGGGCUUUAUCAUCUUGCUCAGAAAACCACAACAGUCGCUGUGGACAGAUGCUUUAAAAGCCAGUCACAGGAUGUUAACUAGGCUGAUGCAGUUACAAGUUAACUCAUCUGGACCAGCCUGGCAACUGUUUAACCAGUAAAUACAGUGUUUUAGUGGAGAAGAGAAUAUUUGACUGAGACAUUUUGCAUAACUUAGUUCAAUUUUUUUUGUCAGUUUGCUUUCUCUGUUUUUGUGUCUGGACUUUUUUUUUUUUUUUUACAUAAAGAGGGAAAACUCUCAUUUAUUUAUCUAACUUCAAGCAUGUUUUCUAACAAAAGCAGUGGGAAGAUUUGCAGAGUUUGUUUUUUUCUAAAUGGAGUUGAAACAGAGACUCAAUACCAGUAAAAAAUAUGUGAUGUGAAUAACUUGCUGUUCCAUAACAGACUCUGUGAAUGUGUUGUGACAUUCAGUAAGCUCAGAUUUUACAUCAACUCGGCUGAUGUAAAUGCCACUGAUUUCUCUUUGGUUUUUGCAAGAAUCUGAACGUUUGCGUGAAAUUGGCUUGACAGACAGUUAACGGGAAACAUCAUCUUUAUGACUUCCUGUCUGCCUUUUCAAGUAACUGUGCGUGUUUUCUAUCUGCCCUUUAAAGCACUCUGUCUGUCUCUUCCAGUAUCUGCACAGACCUUCUGCCUCUCUCCCUCUGAAGUACGCUCAGCUCUCUGACUGCUGCCCUGCAGUCUAUUAUCUCAUAUUAUCUUUUUAUAACCAGUCGCCCUCUUCUAGGUAAGCUCAUCGCUGUCGUGUCUUUGAUCUGGGACUCUCAUUUUUGUCUCAUCUGCCACUGGCCUUUGUCUCUCAGCGCAGAUGUACCACUAAUGAGAAGAGAGCAAGACUCUAAUGCCUUUCCUGUUUCAUUUAAAUGAAACAUGGUCAUAAACAAAUGACACACACUGGGAGCUUGCUGGAGCUGUGCAGAGGAGGAUUGGACUGUUUUUUCACCAUAUGGGUACUUACACAGCAUUCAAAUUAGCUGUGAGUGUCUGUGUGUGUGUGUGUGUGUGUGUGUGUGUGUGUGUGUGUGUGUGAAUGAGUGCGGAGAGCAGAGCAGCUUUGCUUUAGAAAGAGGGACAACCAGGCAGUGAUUGUGUGUCCACAGUGCACAGAUUAAUGGGUCGGCUUAUCUGAAUGUCUGUGUAUCCGUCUCCAACUUUGCGCUCCUCUUCCCAUCUGUCUCUCUGUGAAAAUGGACCCACAACUGUGCGCAAAAUGUGAAACUUGAUCCCAGCAACACGUAUUCAAAUUAAAAGCGUCAAACACACUCGGUAACAUAAUCAUCAUAAGUCAUCAGCGUUUUGACCAGGCGCUGACGUUUCAUUUCCCUCUUAGGUAAUGAUGAAUCACGCCAAACUAAGUGUGUAUAAGUGUGUGCAGAGGUGUGUGUGUGUGCGUAUGAGAACGCUGUGUUGGCUAUGGAGGCUGACCCCUCCACUCUUGUCCUGCAGGCCUUUUUCCAUCCCACAUGACUCUUUACUGAUCUGUUGGCCCGAGGACACCGAGACAGCUGAGAGGUGUGUGUGCCUGCCUGACAGCGUGUGUGUGUGUGUGUGUGUGUGUGUGAGCGUGUACAGGCAGAACUAACCAAUCGGUAGGCGGGACUCCAGCUGCACUUAGUGGCAGGCAGUCACAGGUCUAAUAAUAAGACGCCAGAAUCCAAAUCCAACCUGUUACAUAAUUCACAUCACACGUUAUCGGUUGAUGGAGGAGAGGUCACACAUGAGAAGAGAAAGAUCAGUGUUGUGUUGUGUUGUGUUGAGUGUAAUGUUAUUGGUUCUGUCAAGUGCAGGAUGUUUCUGCAAAGCUUCUUAUUAUUGAACCCGUGGACCUAAACCUUGCUGUGUUUUCCUGCUUGAAAUGUUUUUGUGUUUGCAUUUCUCAAGUGGAGCUAGUAGUUGCUAUGGUUCUUCUCAAGCCUGAAUGCAAGAGGGAGCAGCGAAGUUUACACACACGACUGAGGAAAAAAAAGAAUAAUUGGAUUUUGUACACACAGCAAGAAGAAAAACAAACACAUUGUAGAGAAACUAUAAUCAUAAACUCAGGAAAUACAACAUUGGGUGGAUAAGAGACAGAUUCCACAUUUUACAGAGAUGGAGGAUCAGGGAUGGAUUGGUCACAGUGCAGUAGAGAAGAGAGGAGAAGGAGGAGGAGGAGGAGGAGGAGGGGGGACACAAAAGGCAGGAUUGAACACUGUGCCUGGCUUGUAAAGCUUAAUGAUUGGUAAACAGAUUAUCACACAAAUUUCCCAAAUGAUGUUAACUAUUUGUACCCCAGACACAAUAAACAACCAGCUCUCAAGAACCCAGCAUCGUCUUACAGAACUGAAACAUCGCUUCUUUGUUUUUUAACCCAAAUAUCACAAUCAGUUUUCCUGAUCAUAUACUAUAUUUGAUAUUUUUAGAUCAAACGUGUUUUAAUCUAAGCCCAAACCAGGUCUCAGUUUUAAAAAAAGUCUUCUGUAUGUUAAAUGCAGCGCUCUCUUUUCAUGUCUAUAUGUUUCCCACAUCCCUGCCUCAUGUCAUGCAUUCUGAUCACCUCCCAGCUUUAACUUAGGCUUUGUAUGUGCGUGUGUGUGUGUGUGUGUGUAGGCUUCAGAGGAAUGCUCUAUUCAGGCACAACGCCCUAAAGAAUGACAGUUCUCAUCUAUGCGUGUACGGAGGCUGCUGGGCCCCUUAACUAAAUCCUCCAUCACUAGUCCUUUGUCCUGCGCUGCACGUGCGUGCGUGUGUGUGUGCGUUUGCAUGUUAUCAGUCCUUUCAUACAUAUGUGUUUUUCUUCUAUGUGUAUAAGGGGUGUGUAUGUACGUGUUCCUUAGUUGCCUUUCCUAGAAAGUAGCAAUCUGACACCCUCUGUGCGCCGAGGCUCCAUCUGUAUGCGUUUGUAUGUGCAUCUGUGUGUUAAAGGGGGGGUUUGUGUAACCCACCCUCUCUCCAAGGCUGUUUUUCUCUGCUCCCAUUAUCAAUCUCCUGCCUCCCUCCCUUCAUCCCUCCGUGCCUCCUCUCUUAUUUGUUCCUCACCUCGUUCAUGAAGCAUCACCUUUAACCCAAAUCCUCUUAAUAGGAGCAGGGACUGAAAACCUGUUCCUCUCUGUUUUGGGAGUAUAUCGUGUUAGAUAGGAGUGUUUCAUACAGACUAUAAAGAUGAUUCAGUCUUUACCCAGAUACUUCAUUUGAAUCAUAAAUUUCCCUCCGUGGUCUUCCUCUGAACUCUCACUGUUGGUUUUCUGCUGUCUUUGUUGAAUUCUAUACCGAUUGCCGCCCAUAAAUAAACGGAGGCUGUCCCUGAAUAUAGCCUCUCUUUCUGUCUCCAUUACCCUACACUUAUUCACCCUACAGCUGGCUAACAGACCCCCACCCCCCUCCUCUACUCCCUCCCUCCUCCCCUCCUCAUGUUUUGUGUUGGACUGCGCCUCUCUCCACGUGCAGCAGCAGCUCAAAGGCAUGUAGGAGGAGUUCCCUAGGAGGAAUGUGCGUGACUGGCUGGCUGACUGCAAUACGUACACUGCACAUAUACACACAUAUACACACACACACAUGCAGCAGCAGCUCAUGGCUCAUGCUUGUGCAUAGCAGGCCGAGAGGGACUUUGUACUAGCCAGGCAGGUUCUGGUAGGAUAAACACAGGCUGGUUCUAUAUGUCUGUAUGAUUAAAAAAUGAUUAAAAAUGUUUUAAAAAUCCACAAAGUGUGACCUAAAUUUGUUUGACUAUAAUUAGAACAGCAGCAGCAGCAGGAGGAGGAGGAGGAGGGUCUGGGAUUGUAGAGCAAGCGGCUUCUUCCACGUCGUGUCUUUGCUUGUGUUUUGUGUGAUUCUCCAAGCUGCUUUGUAUCAGCUGACCUCCUGUGGGAUUCUGGAAGUUUUCUCUGGAGGAGCGCAAGAGCUGGAGAGUUAAGACGGGCUCUUCAACCUUCUGCUAAAAAUACCCCUGCUUUACAUCUAAGCUUCAAUUACAACACAAACAGAGCAGGACUUUGUUAAUUUUGUUUUUGCAGGAGACAACCACGAGACACAGCUUUCAUUUAGCAGCAAUUGAUUAGUGGCUUAUCAUAAGAGGAGUCCCUAUCUUCUUACCUCCUGAUAGAUGUGCUUCAUUUUGUUGGGUUGAUGUGAAAUAGGGGCACAACAGAUAAGCUCAAGGGGAGCAAAAAGUGUCAUGUUAGUGGUCUCUCCUUCUCUUUAGUGAAGUUAAUUUGAAAAGUGUUGGUUUGGAUGAGAAUAAGCUCUUCCUGAAUAGAGAACGACCUCUCUUUUCUGCCAAGUCCUGGUCACCGUACCAGCCCCACCCAACUCCACCCUGGCAAAAUCGGUGGAACAAAGGGUGGUGCAGUUCUAUUUCUGCUCCUUACUGUCCUCGUGUUUUGGUUUGUUUUUUGUUUAUUAGUGACUUUGAAUAACAUCACCAUCGUCACUGGCUAUUCUUGUAUGUGUAUGUUUAUGUGUACUGUACAUGAAGAGACGGAGCUUCACCCUCAGCUCAGCUGACAGGGAAGGUCUAAAUAUAUUCCUUUGAAGUGGCCAAGCUGGAAAAGUUGUGUCAUCCCCUGCCUUCCCCCACACCCCUUCUCUAAACAAGUCUUUCCAGCCAAAGUUAAAUAGCUGUUUCCACCUGAGUAGAAGCGUCAACAGAGACAUGUGCUUGUCACGUCAACUCAGGUGUCUCUUCUCUUUGGUUGUUUUGUUAAAAUGCCCAGCAACUGUCACCGGGUAGAGAAAAUAGAGUCUACUUGUGAGCUACCGCAGAGUUGUCUCUGUUCUCCGCUUGGAUGUGGAAUGAUUUAAAAAGAUCUGCUGACCCUCUGUUUCUCUUCUUUGUGCAGAUGCAACAGAAGAGUUUUUCGAGUAUGAUGCGGAGGAGUUCUUGGUGUUCCUGACCCUGCUCAUCACAGAGGGACGGACCCCAGAGUACUCUGUGAAGGGCAGAACCGAGGGGCUGCACUGUCCGCCGGCCCAGUCAGCCAUGCCGCCUCUUCACAAGCAUGAAUGCAGCGACAAACUGCCCCAGGUAGCACACGUGCACAAACACACAUCUGUGCACACAGCCUCCCGUGUCUUCUCCAAAUGUUUAAACAGAAGUGACUCUGUUCUCAUUUUGGAACUGGAGGAUGUUGCUGCCUCAUUUGCGUCAUACGUGUUAUAACUGCUCAGCCAAGCCCACUUAUCAAAUGAGACCCAGAAUAUCAUAUUAUAUAAUUCAGAUAUCAUUGAUAACUUUACAUUUUAUGCCAAUUUACAAAUAUGGCCUAAUCACAGCACCUAAAUAUGUAAGUCAUGAAUAUAUUACAAUUAGCUAAAGGCACUAUGAAUUAUAUUUCUACUGCUGCACUCAGUCCCUCCCAUUUAUACCAUAAACUUCCACAUAAGAGAGAUUUUCAUGUUGUGAACUAAGAUGCCACCUGAAAACUAUAACUGAGACAUUGAGCCUACAGUUCAGCUCUUUCUGGGCCCCAUCUGCUUCACCCCAAGUAUCAGGGUCCCGGUGUUGACAUUCACUAACGAGCGCUAACCCUCCACCUUCCUCUGUGGCUGUCUGUGUGUCCAGUGUCGGCAGGCGAGGCGAACCCGUUCUGAGGUGAUCCUGCUUUGGAGGAACAGUAUCCCAAUCAUGAUUGAGGUUAUGCUCCUGCCGGACUGUUGCUAUGGUGACGAAUGCCCCCCUAGUGACCCCAUCAGCGACCCGGUCAUCAAACAAGACGCUCUGCUGCUGGAGAGGUGGACCCUGCAGCCAGUUCCCAGACAGUAAGUCACACGUGAACACACACACACACACACACACACACACACACACACACACACACACGGAGGACUUUACUCUUCAAAUGCAUGCAAACCUUGACAAGUACACAUCAGUGAGUCAUCCAAAGGCCCCUCUCCUCAGCAGUGUGUAAAGGAGAUACACUGUGUUUAGUUUACAGUGACUCAUGGCUCCUUUUGUCUAUUCUACAUCGCUGUCUCUUGUUAUCUUUAUUGUUUCCAUCGCUAAUGCAAACACAUUCUGUUUAUUUUAAACUCAGUCAAAAUAAUGACAUAAAAAAAGUAGAAACAGAGCUAAAAAAAAAAAGGAAAAAUGCCUUAAACAGUGCCUGUGGAGGUGUGUUCAAGUGAGCACAUGUACUCCUGUAUACAGGUCUAACCAGCAGGUUUAUUGCACAGGGACUGAGCGUUGACUAACUGUUGUGUUAGUUUGUUUUUCUCACUCUCUCAACUGUUUUGCAUUUUUUUGUGUGCAUUUCCUACUAUGGAAGAAAUCAAACAAGAGAUGCACACAUUUCCUCCUCCACCAGAUCAGAAGACAUAUUUAAAAAAGGAUCCAGAAAAUGAAAAAAAAAAUGAAUGGAGACACUUAAAAGAAAAAAUAGAAUUAAAAGACAGACCCCACUCUGAGGCUCAGCACACAAGGGUUAAGUAUCCUUACAAGUUGGCCCACUUUCCUACAGUCAUAUGUAGCAACAAGGGACACUGUGUUUGAUAACACACAUCCUUGAACUGUUUUCUCAUUAACCUGACACACUGGCACAUUUCCACCUCUUUAUGACUGUGUUUUUAAUAGAAGCGGCGAUCGCUUCAUUGAGGAGAAGACCCUGCUGCUGGCUGUUCGCUCCUACGUUUUCUUCUCCCAGCUCAGCGCCUGGCUCAGUGCCUCACAUGGCAUCGUCCCCAGAAACAUCCUGUACAGGUCAGACAUAACACUCACUCAAGACUUUGACACCAGUGGGCUGUGUAUUUCUUUAUCUGAGGAAUAUUGAAGCUCCAAGAAACCUGAUCCUGAGUUAUGUUGUUUUUAAAUUUAUGAAAGUAUGUCAAUAUAAAUGUUAGGUACUGCGCUGUUUUGAAAAUUGAAUUGGAGGAGGUAAAACUCCUCCAUAUUUUAUGACACACAUUUUUAUUGAUGGGGUCUGAGUUGAACCUCUUCUCAAUCUCUCUGUCUAACAGGAUCAGUGCUGCUGAUGAGGAGUUGGUGUGGCAGUUUUCCCAGCCGCCUUCAGAGCACAUUUUCCCCGUGCCCAAUGUAUCCCAGAGUGUUGCGCUCCAGGUUCGCGUCCAGUCGCUCCCCCGUCAACCCACUUACCCCACCCUGGCCUGCAGCAUCCACACCGGCCUGCCUCCGCUUUACAGCAAGACCACCAGCCUCAGCCCCAACUUCAACACCCAUGGCGGUCUGCCCAACCUCAAAAAGAGCCAGGACCCCAGCAAAGAUAACCUCCAUCACAACUCCAACAUGUUCAGCAAAAGCUCCAACUCCAUGUCUGGCCUUGUCCUCAAUGGGUUACCCAUUCCUAAUCUUCCCAUCAACAACAUCCCCAUAAACAGCCUUCCACUCACUGCAGUGCCACAUUCUUACAGCAAGAAGGGCCAGGAGCCCAUCGAAGACCACACGUAUCAGAACGGAGAGCUUCCGCAGGUCAGCAUCCCCCAACGUCAGGGCUCCCCUCUUUUUCACAGAUCCUCUCAUUCCCCUACAUCCUCCCGCUCCCACUCCCCCUCUCCACUCCCCUCGACUAAAGCAGGGAAGUGGCUGUACUCGACUCUCAAUGGUUCCCCUGACCCCACACAAGUCGAGGACUAUGGGUCUGGCACCAACAGCAGCGACAGAUCAAAGGGGCCCAUCCCUGAGCCACUGAGAGCGUUUAAGACUUUCUCCUUGGCUGAACCAGCCCGCUGCCCGUCCCCGAGGCCCUCUGCAUCCGAGACAAACCCCCUGAUUGGCUCGCUGCUGCAGGAGAGACAGGAAGUUAUCGCCCGCAUCGCACAGAGGCUCAACUUCUGUGACCCCACAGCACCGCCACUCCCUCCUGGUCUUUUUGCUUCUGACAACCCUCCCAAAGCCAUGUGGAGCAGUAACCAUGAUGACAUAACUGCCAGUAAGACCAAAGAACCUGAGGUUCCGCCCUAUGAGUCUGUGGGACGAGUAUGGCCCAGUCCAUUUAACACACCUGUGACUGACACUUCAUACAGCAAACAAGAAAACUCCUCCCCUAAACCUGCAGCCUGCAGGAAGCUGAAGAUGACCGAAUCAAGAGACUUAGAGGAGGAGAGGAACGGAGAUACGGAGAGAGAGAAAGAGAAGGAGAAGGAGAAGGAGAGGGAGAGAGACAGCUCCCUGAUCGCCCAAGCUGUUCAAGACAUUACCAGACUCAUCCAGGAGAGACUGUCUGUCCCCUCUCUGUCCCCCAGGCACAGCAGGAGCGGCAGCCCUCUGCACCACACGCACACAACAACUGUCACACACACGGUCCGCACAUACUCACACACCCCACACAGCCCACAAGCCUCACACACUGCCACAAACGGCUACUCCAAUGGCCACAUACCAAGCCACGAACCUCACAGAGGCAGCACGCACUCGGCUGCCACACACGCGCCCUUUUGCACAGACAAGUCCCGAGUGGAUCAGAGGACCGAAUGCCAUUCACCACGGGCCCAAAAUGGUGCUCUCUUUACACUUGAAGAACCCUCAUUGAAAGACCAGUCCCAGAACCAGGCUGGUCAGUGUUUACGAACCCCCCCACAGGAAAAACUCAGAGUCAGGACACCCAGCAGCCAUGAACCCCCCUCUACCCCCACUGUCCUUGAGAACAGCCAGAGGAACGGCCACAUCUUUAGCUGGACUUGCAAUGAUGCGAGUCCAGCCGUGAACUGUAACACAAGCCACAGCAAGCCUCAGCCUCAGCACCAGAUGCAGACGCAGACAUGUGCACCAGCCCAGGCCUCUACCCCACAGGAUGAGAACCAGGCACCCUCAGAAUUUGGAUGCUCUAGCAUCACCAGUCAAGACAUGACCCCCCCUUCUACUGUUCUGGUAAGAGACUCUUCAUGUGUCAUUAUGUUUCAGACUGAUAGCUCAUGAGGUAGUCAGCUCAGCUUAAGCAAAGACUGGAAACAGACAGUCAUGUGCUCUCCAAAGCAGUCGAGAUACCAAACCUUGAAUCUCAGUCAAGUGUCAAGUACUCCGUGUUAAGGGAUCCAAGUGGAGUCCCCAUUACAUGAGUCAGAAUCCUAGUGGAGCUCUCUUCAUUUCUAUUAUUUAUUAUAUAUAGGGUGCUUGUUCCACUCUAAAUUCUUCAUCAAAUGAAUCUGGACUCACUGUGUGGGACGUUUUGGAUGUGCAGAAAACCCAUUUAACAUGUAAGUCUGACUGAUCCAGUCAGCAUGUCUGGAGAUCUAAAUUAUCGAUGAAGUCACUGAGCUGUGAGUGCAAGGCUCUUUCAUUAAUGUGGGGACACACUCAUCAAUCCUGCUGCAGUGGGAUCACUACAGGUGUCUAAAAACCUAAAGAUAACCUGCUUUCCACCCGCUAUUGCGCAGAUUUAACUAAGCAAACAUCUCUGACCUACUUUGAUUGUUAACAUUACUGUAUUGCUAACAGCAGCGUAAUCAGUCAAAGUAGGCUAACUUUACUUUUCAAACUGUGACCUGGAAAUUUCUAGCUUGGCGACUCUGAAACGCUUCUUUCACAAAUAAGAUAUGUUGCUCUGUUCUCUUGUGCAAAAAACUUCAAAAUCUUUAAAAAACAAAACACACAAUUUGUGUUUUCUCUUUGGGCAUCUUGGAAGGAACUGCUGCUGAAUCAGGUGGCGUACAAAUUUACAGGCAGGCUUACACACAUGUGAUAGUCUUUGCUCAAAAGUGCAAAAGUUAUUGAAACCUUAUACUAAAAAACAAACAAAAACCAACAAUCAAUCGCUAUGUCAAGAAAAAGGUCUGAGUUCUCCUCCAACUUUUGAGUUCUAAAUCAGUCAAGACUUGAUUUGGAUUGGAGUCCAGGAUGUGGAUUCAAGUUCUACAACACUUGUCCAAAGUAACAAAUCCUCUCACCCAUUGUUACAACUGGAGCUCAAGAAUGAACUGUUGUUGUAAAAACAAGUCUUGGUUAAAAGAAAACUAUUUGAAAAACAGGCUUCUGUCUAGAAACAGCGAUAUCUCAGAGUUUCCAAGCUCAGCAAGGCAAAGGUAACCCCUCCAGUCAACAAUAGCAGCUUAUUUGUAGUUCAGUCAGUGAUAUCUGUGAACCUGUUCUUUUAUUUCAGUUAUAUUACUGAGUAACUUCCUCAGAAGUACACAUGGAUCUAUGUAUAUUGAUGUUUUGUUGGGAUCAUGUGCUACAAAGCGGCAUACACAUUACUGAAAACAUAAAAUAAUGAAAACUUGAGUUUUUUCCCGUCUACUUGCAAUAUUUUAAUCUCUCUCAUUUCUUUUGCUCCAGCGAGCUCACAGCCCCUCCCCCCUGCGUCCCUGCAACAGCUGGAAGAAACACAAUCGCCACUCAUUAGACGCCACAGCAACCAAGGCCUUCCACCCCUGCACGGGCCUGCCUCUGCUCUCCAGCCCUGUAAGAAACACCCGCACACUCAUCUGCAUGGUGUCACUGGCAGCCAUAGUCAGAUCCUGCUUUAUGCAUUUUAGAUUUCACAGGCGGCCUCACAGGCACACUCUAACAGUCACUGACUCAGUCAUCGCUGGUGUCAGUGCAGCUGUGUUUAUCAAAACACCACGCUCGCUCCUCUUUUAUUUAACGCCAUCUGAAGUAUUACUCACGGUACUUUCACCAACCGGAGAAGUGGGCCAGUGGAUGUUUACAGGAAAGAGAAUUUGAAAUAUCUGGCAGGUGUUUUUACCGUCACCUGGCCACCGAGUUGUUGCUAAGGUCAAUAUACACACUGUAACAUAGGAAUGCGCACACACAUACAGACAUACAACCAGGCAGCGAGUGAGUAAGGCACGUGAGUCAUCUUGUGCCUCAUCAGUAAGUUGUUUUACAGAGUUAGUCAGAUCACCGCACUCCUAGAUCAUCAUGGUUUCCGUCGUCUGAACAGUCUCACUCACAAAUGAGAACGCUCAGCCUCUCCACCGCACAAACUCACAUCAUCUCACAUCCUGAUAGUUGUGAUUGAAUCUCCUAGAGCAGAUGAACCUAUUGUGAUUUUUCUUUUAAUACAUAUCAUUUUUGGUUAGUAUGUAAUAGUAUGAUUCUAGACAGCUUAUGCUUGUAAAUUUCACCCUGUUAACCAAAGUUUUCAACAAAGAGACAGGUGUGUUGUCGCCCUAGCUCUAACAUGUGAUACGGUGACUGUUGCUCUGUGUAAAUCAUGUCCUGUGUGUGUGCUGCAGGUUCCUCAGAGGAAAAAUCAAACAGGCUACUUUGACCUGGACACCUCUCUGGCUGGCUGUAAGGGUUUGCCUUGGGCCUCUGGGAAAAGGUAGAUAUUUCCUCACCUGGGAUCUGUGUGUCACUCUAGUUAACUAGACUGCUGUGGAGUUUGCUCACAGGGAAACUGUCAGGACACUUUCACAGCUUUAAUGUAGUCUAAGUGACCGUCAAAUGGACAAAGAGUUGUUGUUUUUCAGUUGCCUCCCACAUCAUCUGUUUAUUGUAGCGCCAUCUGGAUAAAGUUACUCAUAUUUUGCAUCAUAAUUUAAAAAACCUGUUUGUUUUCUCACUUUGCAACGUUUCAGCUGUUACUAUCUGUAAGUGCCAGCAAAGCAAACUUUGUGUUGAUGGCGUCUUUGUUGUCCUUUUUGUUAGUUACCCACCAGUAUUUAUCAAACAUCUACAACCAUAAGAUUAGACAAAGAAGAUCAGCACGUUUCUUUCCCGACACACACUGACGUCCCUUUGAUCAACAACAAGUUUUUGAAGUAUUGUCUGUAUGUUGAGAGAUCACACAAUGAACGUGUUGUUCUGUAUGGUGAGGUUAGGUCAGCCCUGUUCUGCCGACUCUUCCUCUCACGCUGCCACCUGCUGAAGCUCUGCUGCACUGUGACUGCAUCCACAAUCACACACAUUUUGCUCAAAAUGGCAGACACAGCUGAAUUGGCUUUAAAUACACAGAGCUUCGUGGCACUGCCUACACACUGCAGGCGUAGGUGGCAACUCAGAGCUGCUUUAGAUAAAGCAGAUGUUACAAGAAUUUGAGCGUUUGAGGUGGAAAAUUCAUCCGAUAGAAUCGGUUGAGACCUUUGCCAGUUUUGAUAUUUGGAGGGUUCUUCUAAUCCUGGGGGAUUUGCGUCAUUGAAAACAAAUGUGACCCGUAUCUUUAACUGUCAAACGUGACACAAUUAUUAUUAUUUUAUGCCUGUUUUUUUUAUUAAGUUGUGAUGAUGCAACAUUUUGAGGUUAUGCCUGUUGGGAUUUUUUAAACACCAUAAAAAGGUGAUUUUAUCUCCCCCUGGACUCAGAUCUGUUCAUUCAUUGCAGGAAUGUUUGUUACAUAAACAUCUCAAGAUGUUGAAGAUAACCUUUUAUAAAAUGUGUUGAUCAGUGUGUGUGUGUGUAUGUGUGUGUUUUAACCCUUUAGGGUGUGUCCAAAAAGUGAGGGAUACACAGAUGAGUCACAGCUGUUCAGUGCCAGCGCUCCCCCUGCCAGUCUAAGUCUGCUGGGGAACUUUGAGGUAAAACAUAAUCAGAACAUUUUUUUUAAUUGUUUUAAUAGUUUUCUCUUUUAAUGCCAUUUCAAUCCUCUCAAAAUUAAACUGAACAAAAUGUUCGCAAAGGUAAAUGAAUUCGUCCAAGUCAGGACAGGCCGUUCUUUUACAGAUUGUAUGUUUUGGUGAUUCAAUCAGUGUUUUCCAAUUAUCCCCUGACUUCUGUGCUCACUGUAUGACUGUCUUUCUUGAAUAAAAAGUCUGAAUGAUUGAUUUUGAAUGUCUGAAAUCAAACUGAACUGUGUUUCUCCAGGAGUGUGUGCUGAACUAUCGCCUGGAGCCUUUAGGGACAGUGGAGGGUUUCACAGCAGAGGUUGGAGCCAGUGGGUCCUUCUGCCCCAGUCACCUGACCUUACCUGUGGAUGUGUCAUUCUACAGCGUCUCUGAUGACAACGCGCCAUCACCUUAUAUGGUAACAACAGCUAUUUUCUUGCCAGUUCAUCCAUAAUUCAGUUUGUUUAACACUGAGUAACGCUGACCAUGAAGCUAAUAGCUUUCUUGAUAUGUGUGUGAGCUUUGCAAGUACUCCCUUGACAGGCGUGUAUGUGACUCAGAGGUUGUCAUGUGUUUUCUCACAGGGUGUGAUAAACCUGGAGUCUCUGGGGAAAAGGGGCUACCGUGUACCUCCAUCAGGAACCAUUCAAGUGGUAAGGAAAUGUCUAAAGAGGUGGAAUUCUUCUUUAAUUCUGUAUGUCAUGGGGUAUCUGCAGCAUUUUGUACGCAUUGCUGUGAACAAAGGGCAAAUUACACAAGAAGGAAAGGGAGACCCCUAGUGGUAGCACUAGAGAUGUAUCAUUUAACAGGGCAAGUCUUUUUAUUCAUUGAUGCUGAUUUAACCCUCAAUAAGAAGGGAAUUUCCUUUUUAUACUUUACACAGUCAGGAUGUAAAGUCAAGUGGGAUGUUUACGUAAUGUUUUCCAAACUGCCACUUAGGAUCUGUUGUCUGACUGUAAAAAUCUGUCCUUCUUGCUCCCCUCAGACCUUAUUCAACCCCAACAAGACAGUGGUGAAGAUGUUUGUUGUGAUGUAUGACCUAAGAGCCAUGCCAGCUGGACAUCAGACCUUCCUACGCCAGAGGACUUUCUCUGUUCCCGUCCGUCGUGACACAAACAAUCAGACCAGCAGGAAGCCCCUCGCCCUCGGCCAUGGGCGCACCUUACGCUACCUCGUUCACCUGAGGUCAGAUGGCCACUAUUUAUUGUUAUCAUUUUUAUCACUGCUAUAGUUGAGCUGUGUAAAGUGGUAAAGCUUCUGCUCUCUCAUUCAUCUCUCUGUCACGUGUCUCUCUUUCUGAUCAAAUCCAGGUUCCAGAGCUCUAAGUCUGGGAAGAUCUACCUCCACAGGGACAUUCGUUUGCUGUUUUCCAGGAAGUCCAUGGAGGUGGACAGUGGUGCUGCCUACGAGCUCCAGUCCUUCACAGAGUCUCCCAUUGACCCACCGUUCUCCCCCCGCUGCUGAGGAAAGACUCUUUCGCUCCCUCUGCCUGGCAGGCUGGGACUCAAUCUUCAAUCACACUUCAAUGCCAGCGAUAGACUCUAACUCAGCCAGUGGUUAGCUGAAAGGCUCUAAAAGAGCAGAGACUUAAGGGCAGCAGUCAACAAGACUCUCCUGGCCUGUGCCCAAAAUCUUCAGUUGCAUCCUUUCUGUCACCCAGAACUGACAAAGGAGGAGCUAAGAGGCUGGGAGACUCGUCAGAAAUGAAACCUUGUGCUCUGCUGAGAUCAGAGAGGUUUGGCUCAAAAAUAAAACAGUAAUGUUUCAGAUUCUACUCUCCUGAUGGUGAAGGCCAGAUAUGCUUCUCCUGUGUGUCUGCUCCAGCGUCUGGGAGGAGAGUAGAGACCAGUGAUUGUCUGCAAAAGCAGUUAAACACCUUAAAUAAAUUCAGCAGAGUUUGAGAAACUUUACUCUGUUUGCUUGAAAUCAAAUUAUUAAUUGGAAGUCUUACAGACAUCAUAGAUAAAUGUUCAAUCUCAAUUUAUUCUUUAUAAAUGCAAUCCAAGGCCUUGUAAUGGUAUUUAGUUUUAAAUCUCAAAGAUGACACUGAUUGAACUGGUUGUGGAGGCAGAUCUUACCCUGUGAUUCCUGAGCUCGGAGCAGAGGGAGUGUGUAUGAAAGAGGAAGACUGUGAUGCAGCGCCAUGCCCUCGUCCAAAAACAGAACCUAUACCAUGGACCACUAAAGAAGUCGAACAAGCAAUCAAGCUAGAUUCAACUGAAAGCAUCAUAACAGAACAUCAGAAGUGCACUGUGGAUCUUUUUUUCCUCAUUGUAACUGGAAACAGAAAAUAGUAAUAUUCUAAUACUUUUGUACUGUUACAGAACCACUUUAUUGGAAGUGUUGCAAUAGGAAGAGUAACCUUAGUUUAGUGUUUACACAUUCACUCUCAGUUUACUUAACCAUCAGUUUAUUUAAUAUUUAAAUUAAUAUUUCAGUUACUACUUGUGACGUCUGUCAUGCUAAGAUGAUGUAGUGCAAACUGUAUAUCAUAGUAUGUAUUUUUGACAUUAAUAUUCAAAUCUGAAAAAAAUAUAUCUAUAUAUCUUCUAAAGCAAACUUGCAAAUGUCCCUGUCUCUUUCUGGUGUUACUUGUCCCUGCAUAUUUUUCUGGUUCCAUUACUACAGCUGCAUAGAGUCUAACCUGGGAGGAAUAUGGAAUGAAGUGUCAUAUUCACUAAACAUCACACCAUUUCUCUGACAGUCCUCUGUGGACUGAUGAAAACAGUUCAGAAUGAGGAAUCAGGUAUUUUUAUUAUGAAGAUUUCACACCCAUCCUCACAUAAAAGUGGAAUGUAGAGCUAGGUGAAAUGGCUCUUAUUCUUCGGAUAGCCUCAGUACAAAACACAAUAAAUACACUUUUCUGAGACAGAUCACAGUAUUUAGUCCUGUUUUCAGGGUAUAUGGAUUUUUUUACACAGAUGUAGAAGCAUGCUCUUCGAUGUUUAUUACAACACAGAACAUGUAAGAUAUACAAGACCCAUUUCAUUUAAAACAAACUUGUAAAUUACAAAUGUAAAUCGAAUAUGCAAAAGAAAUAAGGACUAUCUCAGAAAAUGCUGGAUUUAAUAGUAACAGAAGUGUUGUUUAUACCAAAUUCAUACUUGCACGUAAAACAUACUUUUCCUAUUUUGUAUUAGAGGAUGGAUUUCACUGAGGCUCUAAGCAACCAGUGAUUUAUUUUUUUUCUAAGCUUCUAAAUGGAUAUAAAAACAGACUGGCUAGACCAGGUAAGGGUUAGUUUAGACAUUGGGAUUCAGAAGUCAAAAGCUAUAGUAUUUUUUGUCUGUCUUAUAGCCUUUAUUUACUAUAAGUGAUGAUCCAGAAACCAAGGUAUCACUCCAACAACAUACAGUACAGUUAAACCAGUGAAUCCUGAGCACAUUGAUGAUGUGAAAUGGAAGGUCACAUUGCAGUACAAAACCUCUUUGAAGAUGACAAGGCCAUGAUGAAAGGAGCAGAAAUUGUAAAUAUGCCGUCUGUCCCAGAAUCUGUAUAUAUGUGAGGAAAGCUCUGAUAGGGUAAAGCUGCAAUAGUCGAUUUGUAUUAAUAUGAAAAGGUCUAACUAACAGCUGUAACUAGGGCUGGGCGAUAAAAGGAUAAUGAUAUAUAUUGAUAAUGAAUUUCCUUCAAUAUAAAUAUAAAACAUGGUCAGUAUGUUUUUCAAUAGUCUGCAUUCUGCCAUGUCUUGGUAGACUAUACAAAUGGUGGGGCUGGGACUAUAUGCUUUUCUCCCGAUUCGAUUCCUCUACGAUUUCUUGGAUGCUGAUUUGAUUUAAAUUGCGAUUUUAUAACGUUGUUUUUCUUGAUUUUUAGUCUGCAUUUUUACCAGUGAUACAGUUGAAUGAUUAUGAUUGUCUACUGACUAUUCCAGGAACCAUAUUUCCCCAAAAAAUACACAUCAUAUGUAAGUCAGUUUUUAAGAUUGAUUCUUAAAUCUGAAAAAAAAAUCUGUUUUUGUACAUAAAAAUCGAUUUAAAAAUUGUAAAACAAAAAAUCGUGAUACUUAUUUGUAUAUAUAGCCAAUAGCCAAUGAAAAGGGGAGUGUCUUUGGGUCCACUUCGUGCUGAACCAGUCAUGUGCUGAAUUAGCACCAAGUAGCAAACAACUGCGCAGUUGCAGGCUGCAGCUACACGUAACCAUAGCACUUUAACACAUGAAACGCCUUAUGACAUAAUGUCGAAGAGACACUAAGACCUCACAGAUGCAGUAGCUUAUUCUAUUGUGAAAGACAUGCUCCCAAUAAACACUGCUAAAUUUCACUUUUUAUAUCAUGAUAUAUCAAUACCGACCAAUAUGAAAAAAAUAUAUCGUGAUAAACUGUGUUCCAUAUCGCCCAGCCCUAUCUAUAACUGUGCGACACAAAGACCUCACAGAUGCAGUAGCUCAUUGUAUUGCAAAAGACAUGCUACCAAUAAACACUGUUUAAUUUCA